UCCUGCCAUCAGCGGGCCCCUCAGCAGGCCAUCAGCGGGGCCACAGGGAUCUCCAUCAGGCCUCCGCGGGACCAUCUGUGGGCCUCAGAUAAGCAGAAGAUGGCCCAAACACUGCAGGAGUUCACACACGCUCUGGAGGAGAAACAUCUGCCCCGAGUGUUGCACAUCCAGUCCGGCAUAUACUACCAGGGCUGUGUGUAUGAGGUGUUUGGACAGGAGUGUUCUCUGUCCACUGGAGAUCUGCUGAAAGUCACAGAGAUCACCAUCAGCAGAUUCAAUGCGCUCACAUCCAGCAGCACCGAGAUACAGCUGCCCGUGGAGUAUCCAGGUUUGUUCAAACUGAUGGCCGACAGUCAGCCGUACAGGAGCAUUCAAGAAAUUGCUGAUUCGCUAAAGAUCGGGCCUCAGCGUGUGGCACAGCCUGUCUUCCUGAGCGCUGUGGAUGUAGAUCUGGAGCCGGGCCUCGUCCUGCGCAGACGGGACAGUUUCAGGAUCACUGCGGUGGAGUGGAGCUGCGGACGAGUGCACUGUGAGCUCCUGCACCGAGAGCCUCCAAUCUGCUUCAGCCUCAGCUUCUGCCAGCAGGGACCCUUCAGCGAGUGCCAGGACCACCAGUGCUACACGCUGAAGGAGAUCGCCGACUGGAAGAUCCCCAGAGGCAGAAAGAGGAGCGUCGUCGAGGUCAAAGCGCCCGCCAAGAAGAACUUUUUAUUUUCCGGUUUGCUGGAGAACGUGUGUGGAGAGUUGCUGCUGACUCCUGUGUACGAGCUAAAGGCUAUCUCCAGACUCAGCGAGAAAGUUCUGCUCAUCCCAUCCAAUCUGGACGUGGAGGUAGUGGACGUGACAGAACAGUAUGAUUGCGACUCCUUUGUGCAGCCUUUAUCUCUGAUGGACGUCUACAAGAGACCACCGCAGUUUUUCCCUGUGCUGGCCAAGCUGUCCAGUGAAAACCAUUUCAGACUCUCUCCCGACCUGGAGUCCCUUUUCCAGUCCAAAGAGGUGAUUAUUCAUCACCCUUUCAAAGCCAAACGAAUUCUAGCCUCGGAAAUGUGCCAGGAGUCCGCAAGACAUUUUCUCAUCCCGGAGUCCUACAACGGGCGCUUCAAGCGGCGUCCGCGGCAGUUCUCCACUGCAUAUGACCUAGAGCGGGCGCGCAGUGAGACCGAGGAAAUCCGGGUGGUCGCCACCAAAGACUUCGAGACUGUGUACAGCGGGCUGGCUUCGGUUCAGGCUGGAGAGGAGUUUAUAGUGACUAAAGGUCAAAGCUGCGCCGUUUCACACAACGGCACUGAGAAAGUGGCGGAUACCUUUGAAUGUGUGAAAGUAAAAGCAGAGGGGAAGGAGCCUGUGCGUCUCCCCAUGUGUUUGGAGGGGGGAUUCAUGGAGCUGGUUAAAGACAAGCGUCAGUACACCAUCGCAGAAAUAUGCAGAUGGUUCCCGCUGCCCUUCAACGUCAAGGUGUCCGUGCGGGACCUCUCUCUGAAGGCAGACAUCUUGGCUGGAACGCCUAGUCUGCACAUCGAGGAGGAGAUCUCAGACCCGUGUGUCCUGGUCUCAAACACGGACCUCUCAGACUUCAGGGAGGUGCCAGUAAACCGUACAGACUUGAUAUUUAACGUAAAGCAGCGAUGGGACGGAGAGAGUCCGAAGUUUAGUGUGAAAUCAGCCAUAGAGGAGAUCUCAGAAGACUGUUACUACACUAUUAGAAGGUACGCCAUCGCUACCAUUACACCUCCACCACGACCUCCCAAAAAACCCAAGGAUCCACCGCCACGACCUCCAAAAACAUCCAGGUCUGAAAGCACAAACAGUGAGAGCUCCAGCUGCUCCCCGAAGACUCUUCAUGUUGAGCCUUUUAAGCAAGAUGGCUUGUUGCAAUGCUGCGACUCAAGAAAUGGAAACGAGCAAAAGAUUCCCAUCAGUCCAGUCACUUUACCCAGACCCAGCCUGCAGAAAGCUCGUGCCAAAGGCCGGAGUCUGGACGACAUAUCCAUGGAUAAACAUGCAGCCAGUGACAACGAUGUGCACGAUUAUGAAUAUAUAGAUGAAGAGCAGCUGGACAACAUCAGGAGGACAUACCAGGAGCAGCAGAUCAACACCAAAGCAAAGCCCAGUCACACCAUAUAGGUGCACAAUAGACACUGCUUCACCGUUUGCUUCAUUCACCAUUACUGAAACAUUCACAUGAGUAUUUCAUAAUCACAUUUCUGUACAUUACAUUUAAAUGAAUGCUAAUUAUUUAUUAAGCUUCAUGUUUCAAUCCCAACACAAAAACUGUGAGACCGCGCUAUUUAGAAAUGCUUUUUGAGGCCAAGCUUCAAGUAAACAGGGUAAAGUACAUUGGUUUGUUUGGUCAGCUGAUGCUUUGACUCUGCAUUUACUACAUGCUGUAUAUGAGUUCAAAAACCUGUUCUGAGACCUGUGCAUAGAGUUAAUUAAACCUUAAGGUGUUUCU